UUGCGCUUGACUCCCUCUGGUUCCCAGGAAUGGCCUCCGACUCUACGAGCAGUACAAUACCACACCACUCACUCCUCCCUUGUCCCCUCCCACUGCGACGCUUCAAGCUUCCUGCUCCCAUGGCCGCCGCGCGCUUCCGCUUCCCUCUCCCCCUCCUCUUGCUCCUCGCCGUCCUCGCCGCCUCGGCACGCAACGAGGAGGACGCACGCGCGCUCAUGGCACUCAAGCGGGCACUUGACCCGGUCGGCCGGGUCCUGGGCUCAUGGCACCCCUCCGGCGACCCCUGCGGCGCCUCCUUCUUUGGCAUAACCUGCGACCUCGACGGUCGCGUCACGGCCAUCUCGCUGCAGGGCCGCGGGCUCUCUGGCAGCCUUCCGCCGGCGGUCGCCGGGCUCCGGCGGCUCCAGGGGCUGUACCUCCACUACAACGGCAUCAGGGGGACCAUACCGCGGGAGAUUGGGAAGCUAUCCGAGCUAACGGACCUGUACCUGGACGUUAACCAUCUCACCGGGCCCGUGCCCGUCGAGAUUGCCGCUAUGGCCAGCCUCCAAGUGUUGCAACUGGGUUACAACCAGUUGACAGGCAGCAUACCACCUCAGCUAGGCAACCUGAAUAAGCUCAGUGUUCUUGCAAUGCAGUCCAAUCAGCUGACUGGAGCCAUUCCGGCAACUCUUGGUGACCUAACACAGCUGACACGGCUCGAUUUAAGCUUCAACAGCCUAUUUGGUUCAAUCCCUUCAAAGAUUGCAGAGGUUCCGUUGCUCGAGGUCUUUGAUAUUCGCAAUAACUCCCUCUCCGGGAGUGUUCCUGUUGGAUUGAGGAGACUGAAUGGUGGAUUCCAGUAUGCAAACAACAAGGCGCUUUGUGGUGGUGGCUUCAGUUUGCUAGAUAUUUGCCCCUCUUCAGAGGAUGGCUUGAAACCAAGCAAGCCUGAGCCUUUUGGUCCAGAUGGUACUGUGAAGACACGGCAAGUGCCCCAAUUGGCGAAUCCUGACAACUGCUCAGGCUCUCGCUGCUCAAAGUCGUCGAAUGCAUCUACAGGAGUUCUUAUUGUCGGUGUGGUUGCAGUGGUGAUUGGUGCCGCAUUUUGCGGGCUAUUUGCGUUCUCAUGGUACCGCCGGCAGAAGCAGAAGAUUGGAAGCUCACUGGAGGUUUCUGAUAGCAGGCUCAGCACUGACCAUUACCAGCAGAAGGAAGCCUGCAGAAGGAGUGCUUCUCCUUUGAUUAGUGUUGAGUACUCAAACGGGUGGGAUCCUUUGUCAGGUGGGGGCAUUGGAUCAUCCGGUGAAGUCAGUGAUAGCUUUAGGUUCAAUCUAGAGGAGGUUGAAUGCGCGACACAAUAUUUCUCGGAGGUUAACUUGCUAGGCAAGAGCGGCUUCGCCGCGACAUACAAGGGAAUCCUUCGGGAUGGGUCAGUUGUUUGUGUUAAGAGCCUCAACAAGACAAGCUGCAAGCAAGAGGAGUCAGAUUUCUUGCGCGGUCUGAAGAUGCUCACCCUGCUUCGACAUGAGAACCUCGUUAGCCUGAGGGGUUUCUGUUGCUCCAGGGGGAGGGGCGAGUGCUUCCUUGUCUACGACUUCAUGGUAAAUGGGUGCUUGUCACAGUAUCUGGACGUUAAGGACAGAUCCAGUGCUAGUGUUCUCGACUGGCCUACCAGAGUUUCCAUCAUCAGAGGCAUUGCAAAAGGAAUUGAGUACCUACACAGUAAGAAGAGCAAUAAACCACCAGUAGUUCACCAGAACAUAUCAGCUGAGAAGAUCCUCCUCGACCACCACUUCGCCCCACUUAUGUCGGUCCCGGGACUGCAUAAGCUCCUUGCUGAUGAUGUCGUCUUCUCAACUCUGAAGGCCAGCGCCGCAAUGGGGUACCUUGCCCCUGAGUACGCCACCACUGGUAGAUUCACUGAUAAGAGCGACGUCUUUGCAUUCGGGAUCGUGGUUCUCCAAGUCAUCACAGGCAGGAGGGAUGUCUCACAACUGAAGGUAGGCGCUGCAGCGGCGAGCGACUUUGAAGGCCUGAUUGAUGGAAACCUCAACGGUGCCUUCUCAAGGACAGAAGCUGCAAAGCUCGCCGCAGUUGCUGCAUAUUGCACAAGCGAGGUGCCAAGCCAGCGGCCGACGAUGGAAGCUGUGGUUCAGCAGCUCGGCCAGUGAGUUGCUGCUGAGGUUCUGAACCCAGUUGAUCUGAAAUGUAUUUUGGGAGCCAGCUUGACCUCGAGACCUUCUGUGGUGGUAGUGAAUUGAUGACAGGGUAAUUAUCCAGUUGCCGCUGACAUGCUAUUGAUUAGUCUAGUCACUCGUGUACUGAUCCCAGCAUUUCAUGACUUGAAUGUAGCAAAUUCAGAAUGCCAUCAAUGUAGCAUA